AUGCUGAACUCAAAGGUCAAGAUCUUGUUCUCGACCAGCCUCACGAUCUUGGGACGGUUAGAUAAACGCCAGUACUUUCUAUCGGCAUCCUUCUCGGGCUCGUUUCCUGUGCUGGAAGAGAGCUUGGUAAUCAAUGAAACAGAUUCUAGCACUGCUGACCGUCUGAGUUUCGAUGGCUGCUACUUUGCGCGGUUUUCGAUCAUGAAGGAUCAUAAUCGAAGAAGCACCAUCAGCUGGUAG